GGCAGGGCGCGGCGGAGAGCGGGGAAUGGGCUGUUCCUUUUCAGUGCGGACCUCGAACAUCCUCUGCUUCUCACUCGGAGUCCCGGGGAGCUCGGCUGUGUUGGGAAUACCUUGUUAGGUGCGCUGCGUGUUCUCUGGGUGAGAACGGUGCAGUGUGGGCAUCGCAGGGUUGUUUUUACCCACCUCGGAGCACGUGGGGAUUUCUUAUCUCUCCUACAUAGUCUGGCUGCAGGCUCUUGGUGGGACACCCCAAAAGCAGUUCUUGGCCUAAUUACUUUUUCCCUCUGCCACGAUUCACUGUAUUAGUCAGAGUGGAGUUGAUUUUGGGUGCUUGCUGCUCAAGUUUUGUAUGAGAGGCGGCUUUUUUUGGGUUGUUGUUCAUGCAGUAGGUCCACGUUGGUGGCCAGAGAGAGGAGUAGAAUCUGCUUUGGUGUUCCCUCUGGUCUCUGAGUUGUUGUUUCAGCAGUGCAGAGUGGGAUUUAGAAAUUAAUUCAUUCAGAAAGAGUUUUCUGGAUGUUUUGCUGGAGAGAGGGAAGAUGGGAGGUCAGGUUGGUUGUAUUUCAGUGGAGCACUGAAAGAAUAAUUCAAGAGUUGUGGCUGACCUCGAAAACCUCAGUGGGAAGGAUUUUGGUUUGAAAAGGAUCACAUGACAUACUGUAGAUAUUUGUUCCCUCAAUUUCAUCAUUCCUUUGGUGCUGGACUUGAUUUUCUUGUUGUGACUUAAGAGCUGCAUUUGGCUUGGAAAAAUGUCAGUAAGGGAAGGUCUUUCCACUCCCUUCCAUAAGACUGGAGAAAAAAGAAAUGGCCCUUGCACUGUUUUGGUGUCUGUACUGUCAAUGACUUCUCUGUCAUUGAAAUCAGUUUGAUAAAUUGAAAUAAGCACAAACACAGGGAAAAACAGCCCUCGGUGUUCGUGGUUGUGCUCCGCUCUCAGUGACACGAGGAUGGAGGUGUCACGCUGCACCCCUGUGAUCCAGGUCACAUCUGUGACAGAUCUCAUGGGCAGGUAGAGGCUGUUUUGGGGGUCCUGUGGAGCAGCAGCCCCGUUCCCAGAUGGUGCAGAAAUUGUAGGGAGCAAACACUUGAGUAUGUGUAUGUCAGCACCGAAACACCCGAACAACGUACUUUUGUGAGUCGAGGCAGCUUGCAAUUGCUAAUCCUAUAAACUCCUUUGGAAGCUUAGGUUCCUUUUAUCUCCAGCAGCAGGAAGUCUCCAUUAUCACCAUUCUGAGAAAAGCACAUUGCCAUGAGAAGACUUGGGUUGAAGUUUGCCUGUGGACAGAGCUUGAUUAACCAGACCCGUGUGUUCCGCUCGCUUUUUUGCCACGAGAAUAUUUCACUUUCUUUGUUUUUGGUCUAGCGAGUUGGCACAAGCCAAGAGUUGUGUGUGUGUGGGAAGACACCUCAGCGGAGUCGAGUUUACUGUCACUUUACUUUUCCAAUCAGUUUCUCUUGCUGGUGCACAAACAUUAUCCCAGGGCAGUGCUUUUUCCUGCAAACCAAACCAAACCGUCUCCUGGGAGACGGGCGCUGUCCGUCGCCGAUCUCUGCCGGUUUUGCGGUGAACCUCCGUAAAUUGCAUGUUUAUGUUACUGUUCCUAUGUAUGUGUGUCUCUCUAUCACAUAACCCAGAACUUAUUUCCUCAGCCAAAUGGCUAGGGGCCGAGCCUAGCCAUGAUUUUACCUCCAAUGGACGCAAGUUUCUAUGGUGAAGAUUUCUCCUGAGAGUUCGGGACUAGCAGGAAAGAAGCGAGGAAAUUUCGACCGUUUGGUUCUUACGGAUAGGUAUUUAUGUACUCGGGUUUGUGUGAAUGUAAGCUAUUUGAACUUUCCAGAAAAAAAAAACGUAUUUUGCAAGUGGCAUUGAUUGGUUGGUUGAAGCACGUACGGUAAGAGCUGUUAAGGAAAUGGAUCCCACUUUAAAAAAAAAAAAAAUAUUAAAGGAUACCUUUUUUUUUGCCUUUAAUUGUUAAUAAUUUAGUAGUUUCUUUGAGAGGAAUUUAGACUAUUAAAUUUUCGAUAGUUGGUGACAAAUGAUUAGCAAAAUUAAUCGUAACUUCUAAAAAGGGAGAGUUCGCGUUAACGUAUAAGUACUUUAUUUUUUUUUUCUUUUUUCAUUAUUAAUGGGUAAGUAUUUUAAGUAGUCACAUAAACCCAAGCCCUAAGUUCUUUGCAUUGACCAGCUGUUUCAUCCUGCAGGUAUGAUGGGCGUGGUCACCUGCAUGACCUCUCUGAGUACGAUGCUGAGUAUUCCACGUGGAACAGAGAUUAUCAGCUGUCGGAAGAGGAGGCUAGAAUAGAAGCCCUCUGUGAUGAAGAGAGAGGAGGAAUAUAAAAGACUGAGUGAAGCUUUGGCAGAGGAUGGUACCUAUAAUGCAGUGGGAUUCCGUUAUGGCAGUGAUUAUUAUGACCCUUCAGAACCCACUGAGGAAGAGGAGCACCAACCUGCAAAACAAAGAGAAGCAGCUCAGACAGAAAAUAUAGAAGAAAACGAAGAACCUUUCGUUGCCCCUCCAGGACUGAAUGUACCCUCUGAUGUGGAAUUGCCCCCAACAGCGAAGAUGCACGCCAUCAUCGAGCGGACGGCCAACUUCGUGUGCAAGCAGGGAGCGCAGUUCGAGAUCAUGCUGAAGGCCAAGCAGGCCCGCAACUCCCAGUUCGACUUCCUGCGCUUCGACCACUACCUCAACCCCUACUACAAGUUCAUCCAGAAGGCCAUGAAGGAGGGACGAUACGCGGCCCCUUCCGAGAGCAAAGCGGACGACAAGAAACACUCGAGAGUCAAAUCUGAGGAAGAUGAUGAUGAUGAUGACGACGAUGAUGGAAAUUACCUGCAUCCGAGUCUCUUUGCAUCAAAAAAGUGCAGUAGGCUUGAAGAGCUCAUGAAGCCUUUGAAGGUGGUGGACCCUGAUCACCCCCUUGCAGCGCUGGUGCGCAAAGCGCAGUCAGACAACAACUCCUCCACGGCACAGUCAGCAGACGGGGCAGCUGUGCCAACGUCACAGGCAGAAUACUCCUCUGAUUCAACGGUGGCAGCCAUGUAUUACAGCUACUACAUGCUCCCUGAUGGCACCUACUGCCUGGCACCUCCACCUCCAGGAAUAGAUGUUGCCACCUACUACAACGCCCUGCCCGCAGGGGUGACUGUGUCCAGCACUACAGGGGUGGCAGCAGUGCCUCCCCCCCCUGGCACCACACCCCCACCUCCCCCAGACACGAGUGACAGCAGCAGUGGGCUGACCUCCACCACAACAUCUACAAGCACAAUUGCUCCUGUGGUUGCCAUUAUACCUCCACCUCCAGAUAUCCAACCCGUCAUUGAUAAGCUGGCUGAGUAUGUUGCUAGGAAUGGGGUGAAAUUUGAAACCAGUGUUCGUGCCAAGAAUGAUCUCAGGUUUGAGUUCCUGCAACCAUGGCACCAGUAUAAUGCAUAUUAUGAAUUUAAAAAACAGUUCUUCCUUCAGAAAGAGAGCAGUGACAACUGCCAGGGAGUGUCUUCCUCUGAAGAUGUUCCAGCAGAGACUGCCAGUGAUACCCCAAGUGAGGCUCAGUUUGCAGAUGAACAUGCACCUGAGGAUGCAUCUGAGCCAAGCUCUAAAGGAGUUCCAGGAACUAAAAAAGAUGUUCCUCCUCCUAAAGCUGUCAGUGAUGGCAAACUGGUGAAAGCAUCGUUUGCUCCAAUAAGCUUUGCAAUCAAGGCCAAAGAAAACGACCUCCUUCCUUUGGAGAAAAACCGGGUUAAAUUAGAUGAUGACAGCGAUGAGGAGGAAGAGGAGGGAAAGGAAGGCCAAGAGAAUGCAAACAGUGCUUCAAACCACACCCCAGCGGUUACCACCCCUUGUGCUGCUCCAGAAGAGAAGAAACCUCAACUUACCCAGGAGGAGUUGGAAGCUAAACAAGCAAAGCAGAAACUAGAGGACAGAUUAGCAGCUGCUGCAAGGGAGAAGCUUGCCCAGGCUUCCAAAGAAUCCAAGGAGAAGCAGCUGCAAGCGGAGCGCAAAAGGAAAGCUGCACUGUUCUUGCAGACCCUGAAAAACCCUCUGGCAGAGGCAGAGACUGAGAAAAUGGAGGAGAAUUCCUUCAGUAAUGAGACUGUCAAUAGUAUACCAUGUCCUGUGACUGCAGUCAGAACUUUACCCACCUUGGAAGUCAGACAGGCAGAAAGGCCUUCAAGCAGAAGCAGAGAUCCUCCCAGGGAUGAAGAAAAGGAGAAGAAAAGGAAAAAGCACAAGAAAAGAUCUCGGUCGAGGUCUCGAUCACCAUUCAAGUAUCAUUCAUCAUCCAAGUCCAGAUCCAGGUCACACUCAAAAGCAAAGCACUCACUUCCCACUGCCUAUAGAACUGUCAGGCAUUCAAGGUCGCGAUCCAGGUCUCCCAGGAGAAGGGCUCACAGCCCCGAGAGGCGGCGGGAGGAGCGGAGCGUCCCCACGGCCUAUCGGAUCAGCAACAGCCCCGGCAACAGCAGGAAACGGCCCCGCUCCAAAAGUCCCCAUGAAAAGAAGAAGAAGAGGCGGUCUAGAUCACGUACCAAAUCCAGAGCCAGGUCUCCCUCACCAUCCACGUCACCAGGCAAACCAUCCACACACAAAAAUUCCGCACAUUCAACCAGUGUCUCUCCUGUGGAGAGCAGGGAAUCCAGCCAGGAACGCUCCAGGGGAGUUUCUCAGGAAAAAGAUGGCCAAAUCUCUUCAGCAAUUGUGUCUUCAGUGCAGAGUAAAAUCACUCAGGAUCUUAUGGCCAAAGUGAGAGCAAUGCUUGCAGCUUCCAAAAACAUCCAAACUAGUGCCUCCUGAGACCUGUUGAACUGACCAUCGAGAAAUUGUGUGACAAAAGAACAAUUGGGAAAAAAAAAAAAAAACAAAAACAAACUGCCUCAUCUCAAAUGUACAGCUGAGCUUGGCUCACCUGGUUCACAACUCGUCUGAUUUACCAGAACUCGAGGAGCUAAAACCUGUCUUUGUGUACAGAAGCAUCUCCUUGAAAUUUCAUGGAAUUUUUUUCAGGCAGAAUAUCUUUGGAAAGUUUUCGGUUUUUGUAAAUUGAUUUUUUUGACUAAUUCUUCAGUAACAUUUUAUGAUCAGCAGUCUAUAUGUGUAUAUUUGUAAAUACUAUGUUUCUGUGAAAAGUAUUACACAAUAAUAAAGAAGGAAACAUCUUUCAUUA